AUGCAAUUUUCUAUAGUUUCAAGAUUCUUUAUUUAUUUAACAAGCAUAUAUUAUAAUAUAUUAUGUAAAAAAUUAUCUAAUUCUGAAAGGUUUCAUUAUAUAGAAAAGAGCAAAAAGGAUUAUAAACUUGUUUCUGUCCGAAUUGUUCACACGGUGAAAGAGCUGACAGGUUACCAAAGAAAAACCCAGAGCGAAAAUCCAUUUAGAUUUUAUAUGAUCCUCAUUUGA